UCUUUGCUGCUUUCUCUCCUCACCUCCUCCCUCAGCCGUCGGCGUCGCCAGCGCCCGGCGCCAUGGGUUGCGGUGGCUCCAAAGAGGACGUGGCCACUGGCAACACCACCGCCAACGGCGCCGGCCGCGGCGGCAAGCUCUUCCGGAGGAAGUCCACCAUGUCCGCCAGCCACUGCUCCUCCCACGCGUCCUCCCCAUCCUCGUCCGACGACUCCUCCGUCGUCGUCAAGGAGCCGGCGGCCGGCGAGCCCAAAGCCGACGUCGUGGAGGUGGCGUCGGAUGAGAAGCCCGUCGCCGUCGUCAAGGAUAAGGAAGAGGAGGUGGUGGUGGCCAAGAAGGAUGUCACCCGCGACGAACUUUCUGCCAUGGUGGACGAGGCAGCGCAACCUCCUGUGAAGGAGGAGGGCGAGCUGCCGAAAUACACCAUGUCCGAUGAGGCGCCGGUGGUGGAGGAGGCUAAGGUUGAUGAGGCGAAGGAAGCAGUAGUAGCACUCAUAAAGGAGGAGACCAAACCCGAGGAGACCAAGGAGGAGGAGACGUCUCCUGCUUCCACAAACGAGCGUGGAGAAUCGGCCGGGCAGAGCACCACAGAACACAUGGAGGCCAACCCCAUUGACGAACACAAGGUAAAGGAUAAUGCGCCCCCCGUGCCGGAGCCGUCCUCCUCGUCGUCGGAGAAUAGCGCAUCUGCUUCUGUUGCCCCAAGCAGAUCGACGGUGAACUAACGGAGUGAAGGCGGGAAGGCAUGGACGUUGCAAGCAGGCAUGCGUGGACACAUAAAGAUGAGACAUGUAUGUAGCCAUGAUGAUAUUGGUGGACGUGCAUUUCUUUUCAUAUAUACAUGCCAGGCUUGUCCGCAUCCGUUUGGGAAU